AUGUACCUGGAGCAGUUCAUGGAAUCGGUGUAUGGCAACGAGACGCUGCGCGAACGACUCGCAUUCGAGACCGGCGUGCAUGUGAGCCAGGGACUGGCCUGUGUCGCCUGGGACGCCAAGAACCAGCGCUGGGUGCGUGCUCGGCUGACGUGCACCAGUGGCGACCGCUCGGUGGUCGAUGCUGUGGCCGUCGAUUAUCCGUCGAUCACGCUGCGUGCCCUGCGGUUUCGCGAUGAAAUUUUCAUGCUUCGAACGGAUCUGCUUUUCCCGCCGCUGAUACUGGCCAAGUCGGCAGUGGCCAAAGAGGUGCUGCAGAUCGGCGUGCACAUACGCGUCUAUUCGCCCGCCUCGUCAACCCUUUCAAUUAUCGAACUUACCAAUGGCCUGAAACUUAGCGAAUACAUAGAGCAUGCUGUUGAAGUUGAUUCUGUGCGCUUCGGAGGAUUUGGCCCGGAUGGUUUGGACGCGCUAGAAGCAGGUGUUGGCCGAUUUUACCAUGCUGGUGGGCGAGCUCCUCAUCACGAGAUCACAGCCUUUUCGUCGAGCGUCAGCAAUUUUCCACGUACUGUAAUUAUGCCUCAGGAACGCUAUGUGGAGCCAUUUAGUCAGUCACUUUCGCUUGGUCAGUUCAAUCUAAAAGAUUCGCUUUCAGCUUACAGUCAUCUCAGGAAGGAAGCUUUUAAAACACAAACGAAUGCGUAG